GGCAUUGAUAUGGACCUAAGGUCGUUCUGUCCCUAGUAACAGACGUGCGCCCGAGGCCGUUAUGAUGUGAAUUGUUCUGUCCCUAUUAAUCGUAUUGUAGUGAUACAUGUGUCUUUUGUUAAUAGUUAUUGUUAAUGUUCUGUUAUACGCAAGACAACUAUGUCGACUUGUAAUAAACCAUGGGGAAAUGUACGUGCACUGUUGUAUAAUGGUAUUCUUAUGAUUCUAAGGAUUAUUCUGUUUUGCUAGUACUGGGCCAGAGGCCGUUCUGUAAUAUCUGUGGGCCAGAGGCCAAUCUGUUAAUAUCUGGACCAGAGGCCAAUCUAUUGAUAUCUGUGGGCUAGAGGCCAAUCUGUUGAUAUUCGGGUCAGAGGCCAAUCUGUUGAUAGCUGGGCUUAAAGUCGUUCUAUAUUAUAUCUGGGCUUACAACCGAUCUGUAUUAUAUCUGGGCUUACAGCCGAUUUGUAUUAUAUCUGGGCUUACUGGGCCAGAGGCCGUUCUGUAAUAUCUGUGGGCCAGAGGCCAAUCUGUUAAUAUCUGGACCAGAGGCCAAUCUAUUGAUAUCUGUGGGCUAGAGGCCAAUCUGUUGAUAUUCGGGUCAGAGGCCAAUCUGUUGAUAGCUGGGCUUAAAGUCGUUCUAUAUUAUAUCUGGGCUUACAACCGAUCUGUAUUAUAUCUGGGCUUACAGCCGAUUUGUAUUAUAUCUGGGCUUACAGCCAUUCUGUCGUAUAUCUGGGCUUACAGCCGCUCUAUAUUAUAUAUGGGCCUGAGGCCAUUCUGUGUUACAUGUGGAUCUGAGGCCGUUUUAAAAUAUGAUUAUGAAUAAGAUCUGUGUAUGGUUUGAUAUGCAUGUUUACAUUCUUUAAGCCUAUACCCGUCUAACUCACCUCCUUACAUGGCUAUUAUUCACUGAGCCUUGCUCACUCCGUUUUUUUUUAUGUAUAUUUAUGUAGGUGAGCCAUCGGAGAUUGACACUAGAAUUGUAUUGAGGUCUACCUGUCUGCCAAGCCACCUGGGGUACGCCUCCAUGUUGAGGCCUUAAUUUGUGUUGGGAGUCAUAUAAAUUAUUAAGUCUUAUGUAAGAGUGUGUGAGAUCUAUAUGAAUUCUGUGAUUAUAUAUAUAACUCUGGGAAUGUAUUUAAAUGCUUAAAUCCAAUUAAACCAUAAUGUAUGCACAAGCUCAAUGGAUGUUGUCUUUUAUUGAUAUUGCUUCCGCUUAAGGCCCCGUAUGUGUUUAAAUAUUAUUCUUAAUUCUGUUUGAGGCCUAUGUACGGGCCGGUCAUGAACCAAACUUUUAGGGGCGGGUUUGGGUCAUGGCACUUGUCUUUGAAGCAUAUCUUGGAAGUCGUAGGGCAUUGAUGUUUUUCAACUAACAAACAGUUUGUUCCAUUCUAUGGCUCUAAAUUCUUGAUAAUGAAUUGGAAGACAAAACCAUGUGUUCCUUCAGUUGCUAAUGUCUCUCUGUAGAUCCCAAUAUUCUAAUGCCCCCUUCAUCACUCAUUCUACAUUUCAGAGGAUAACUCACAUCAUCUUUGAUCUAUAUAUACACACAUAUAUGAGCAGAGAGUCUACACCAUAGCCAACACAACAAGUCUUUGAGUCUUGACAUUCAUCAUUGCCACAGCUUCCACUUCUACUAAGUCCUGUCUAUUCUUUUCCUUUUUCAUUCAGAAAAAUGGCUAUUCGUAUGCCUCGCAUUAUUCAUGCUAAACAAAUCCUCCGACAGUCUUCAUCAUCGAAAUCAAACCAAGAAGCUUCAUCAGCAGCAAUAGAUGUCCCAAAGGGCUAUCUAGCAGUUUAUGUUGGAGAGAGUAAAAAGAGGCGAUUUGUGAUUCCGCUAUUGUACUUGAACCAACCUUCAUUCCAAGACUUGUUAAGUCAAGCCGAGGAAAAAUUUGGAUUUGAUCAUCCAAUGGGUGGUCUCACCAUUCCCUGCAAAGAAGACAUCUUCAUUGACCUCACUUCUCGAUUGGGUCGAUCAUGAUUCAUUAUAGAAGAAAUGCUAGGAUACGUCAGCAGAACACAUUUGUAAAGAAGUAAUUACCAUUUCUAUGUACAAAAUUUCUCUCUUUUCCUUUUAUUGUUCACACAAUCGAUUCAUGGUAGAGAUAAAUGUCAUAAGAAAAUUAAUAUAAUUCUCACAUUAAGAGGGAAAAUCUUCAUUGCAUUGAAAUUUCCAUUUGUUUGUAUAGCUUCUGUAGUGUUAAUAUUGGUAAACAAAUGCAUUCCACUUAUUUGGACUUAUCAUGUUGGUCAUGGUUGUUUUAGCAAGAAAAAAAACUGAAUCAAUAGUCAUUGCCUAACCAAUUAUGUCUCAUAGAGAUUUGAUGAAAUUCUUUUGGACACUCUUAUCGCAAUAUGCUAGGGUACAAAAGCUAGGCCAUGGAUGACGGAUUGAUAUUGAAUUGCAAAAUGCAUAUGCUAAAUUAUGGAAUUUUUGGAGCCAUUAUCAGCAAUAGAGUAUAAAUAGGCUGUGAUUAUCUGUUGGUGAAUUAUGUAAAAACUAUGUAUUUCUGAGGAUGUCAUGGUUAACAUUAACAAUUCCAAUGGAAGGAAGUCAAAAUAGAGAACCAGUCACUACAUACAGAGUACCAUAAACACCAAUGUAAGGCUGUUUUUACAACAUUUAUGGGUUCAUGGAGCAGGUCUAGAGCAACAACCAAAGGGAUCCGAUUUGACUGAAAAAGGUUAAUUUCAUUGAAGAGGUCUGCAGCAGCUAAAGAACUUGUUAUGGAUUUUGACGCUGUCAUCAGGGUAGCCUCUCCAGUAGGCAAUAUCAGUGAAUUGUACUUUUUCAUUUUACCAAAGAUUAGGGUUGGAGUGAAGAGGUUAAAAUUGUCAUUUUGAGGUAUCAUGUUUGUUAUGACUGUUAUUCACUAGAGCUUUAAUCAACAAAGAAGCUACUCUCCUUUGGGUUGGUGACCUGUGAAUGAUUUUGAUUGUUCAAAGCAAAAGUUUUUGUAAUGAUUCCAUUAAAAAUUUGCAUGAC